AUGGGAAGAAGAAAAAUCGAAGUCACCUACCCUCUUGAGCAGCUGAGUGCACAUGCUAAACCUCUCAUUAUCCAAUUACGAAAACGCCUCCCUCUCCUCAUGCCUACUCUCCCCGUCCCUAUUCCCCCCAUCCCUACUCUCCCCGUCCUUAUUCCCCCCAUCCCUACUCUCCCCGUCCCUACUCUCUCCGUCCCUACUCUCCUCGUUCCUACUCUUCCCGUCCCUAUACUCCCCGUCCCUACUCUCCCCGUCCCUACUCUCCCCGUCCCUACUCUCCCUGUCCCUACUCUCUCCGUCCCUAUUCUCUACUUCCCGUCCCUACUUUCCCCGUCCCUAUUCUCCCUGUCCCUACGCUUUCCGUCCCAACUCUCCCCGUCCCUACUCUCCCCGUCCCUUCUCUCAACGUCACUUCUUCCCCGUCCCUACUCUCCCCGUCCCUUCUCUCCCCGUCCCUACUCUCCCCGAGCAACAUAG